AUCUAAUUUUAGAAUUCAAGCUUUUCUCUCCUUCCUACCAAACACUUUGCCCAGCUCCUAUUGUCCGCCGGGUACCCCCCUAAUCUCUGUCUUCUUUCCUCUUUCAAUAUCAUAACUUUCCUAUCCCUAAUUGCUUCAUACUAUCAGCACAUGCUGUAGUUGCCUGAUCAAAAUUUUAAGGUAUAUACAACGCAUAAUCUCGAGUCAAACAAACAAACCAUGGGAGAAAUUUUGGCACUUUCACACUCUGCUACACGGCUUCCUCAUUCGCGGGCCCAAGCUUGGUGCCAAAGCCACUAUUCUCUUGAUCACUAUGAACUGCCCUCAUCUUUGCGUGUUCGGGCCAAGUCACCCACAUUGUUCCCGCGUUGUUACACUCGUAAAAACGGGUUCAUGUGGGGGCUCAGUUCUGGCAGUGCCUCCAAUUUUAAGGUUCCAACCACCUUUGCUGCUGGUGGCGCCGGAGGCGGCCCUAGUGGGGGCCACGGUGGCAAUAACGGUGGUGGUGGUAGAGAAGAGGGAUCAGAAGAUGGAAAGGAGGAGCCUAACGAAAGGAAACCAGGCCUAACCAUGGCACAGAAGUUGACACUGGGGUUUGCUUUCUUGGUGGGAGCUGGGGGCGCGGUGGGGUAUUUGAAGAGUGGGAGCACGAAAUCAUUGAUCGCUGGGGGAGUUUCAGCCUCACUUCUCUAUUGCGUCUUCACCAUGCUCCCAACAAACCCCGUUCUUGCAUCGUCCGUGGGCUUCGCCAUCUCUGCCGGGCUUCUGGGCGUGAUGGGCCCGCGGUUUAUGGCGUCCAAGAAGGUCUUCCCUGCUGGCAUUGUCUCCUUGGUUUCUCUUGUCAUGACCGGUGGUUAUUUACAUGGAAUCUUUCGCAGCUUGCAUUAGAAUCGAUGAUGGGCGGAUCUUCUUCUCCUUGCUGAAACUGUGUUGUUAUUAGUUAUUUGUGCCAAUAGUUCUGGCUGUUCUGCGUACAAACACUCUCCCUUUACCCUUCUCUCCGUGAGAUUUUAUUGGGUUUGUUCUAUACUUUUUUUCCGGAGUCUUAAGAAGAGAAAAAUCAUACUAGUAUUUAUAAAUCAUCCUAUAUAAAAAAUUUGUAAAAUAAAAAGUGAUUUGGCUA